UGUUUCGUCAUCUCAGGCCCCGCCCCUCAGCUCAACCCCUGCGUGCAGAAAAUACAGAGAACAUUGAGCGGAACACCCUGCUUCAUUGAAGGAACCAAGAUAACACUGGACAGGAGGGCAGGAUCUGUGACCUCUGAUUCCUUCGUGAUGUUACCUCAACACUUGAAACAGAUCAGAGUCCUGAUGCUCAAUGACAAGGAAGAGUUGGAGAAGACGCUGUUCAGGCUGGAGCAAGGGUUUGAGCUACAGUUCCGUUUGGGUACCAGUCUUCAAGGCAGGAGAGUUCUAGUCCACACCAACUACCCCCUGGAUGGACAGAGUUAUGACCGGCACACCUUUCGUGUUCUGCCCUGGAAUUAUCCAACGGGAAGGGAGGAAGAUUCCGAUAAAUACUGCUCUGUGGACCUUAAAAUAGCCGGGUCCUACCAGUACUUUUUUGGAUUUGGAAACACCGACCGGUCAGGAGGAGGAUACUUUGUGGUUGACCCUGUCCUUCGUGUUGGACCAGACAACCAUGUCCUGCCGUUGGACUGCAUCACCAUUCAGACCUACCUGGCCAAAUGUCUGGGACACUUGGAUGACUGGGAGGCAAGACUGAGAGUGGCCAAGGAGUCAGGCUACACAAUGAUACACUUGACCCCUCUUCAGACUCUGGGAGAAUCCAGAUCCUGUUACUCCUUAGCAGACCAGCUCACCUUCAGUCCAGACUUCAGCCCCAAGGGGAAGUGCUACACCUGGGAGGAUGUCGGGGCGCUGGUGGAGAAGAUGAGGACAGAAUGGAACAUGCUGUGUAUCACUGACGUGGUGUACAAUCACACUGCUGCUAACAGCGUGUGGAUCAAAGAACAUCCUGAGUGUGGAUACAACCUGAUCAACUCCCCCCACCUGCGUCCAGCCUGGGUCUUAGACAGAGCUCUCUGGCAUCUGACCACCAGGGUUGCCGAGGGACGCUACGCUGCUAAAGGACUCCCUGCUGACAUCACCAGUGACAGUCAUCUCAAUGCCAUCCGCAGUGUGCUGUGGCAGGACAUCUUUCCUCAAAUCAAACUUUGGGAGUUUUUCCAGGUCAAAGUGAGCAGUGCCGUGGAGCAGUUCAGAAUCCUGUUACAGAAUGGCACAAAGCCAGACCACAAGAAAACAGGAGGAAAGAAAGGCCUAAAGAUCAUCCAGGAUCCAGAGUACCGUCGCUAUGGCAACACAGUGGACAUGGACUCUGCCCUGGAGACAUUUGUCCCCCACAGCUCCUCCCCUCAGCACAUCGAGGAAUGCUGCGGUUGGCUGAAAAACAAACUGGAGCAGCUGAACGAAGAGCAGAACCACAUAGUUCAGACGCACCAGGAUCAGGCUGCCAACUGCAUGGUGGGAAAUGUAUUGUACGAGCGUUUGGCCGAUCAUGGCCCAAAGCUAGGUCCAGUUAACAGGAAGAACCCACUGGUUACCAGGUAUUUCACCUUCCCGUACAAGGACAUGACUCUGGAGCAAGAAAUGAAGCUGCUUGACCAACCAGACAAGAUGUGUCACUUCCUUGCCCACAAUGGUUGGGUGAUGGGUGACGAUCCACUGCGCAACUUUGCAGAGCGAGGUUCCAAUGUGUACCUGCGCCGAGAGCUCAUCUGCUGGGGUGACAGUGUGAAGCUGCGCUACGGCAGCGGCCCUGAGGACUGUCCAUAUCUGUGGGCUCACAUGAAAAAAUACACUGAAAUCACAGCCACGUAUUUUCAUGGAGUCCGACUGGACAACUGCCACUCUACUCCGCUACACGUCGCCGAGUAUAUGCUGGACAUGGCCAGAACAGUGUGUCCUAACCUGUAUGUGGCGGCUGAGCUGUUUACCGGCAGUGAGGACCUGGAUAACAUCUUCGUUACCAGGCUAGGCAUCACGUCACUGAUUAGAGAGGCCAUGUCAGCUGGAGACAGUCACGAGGAGGGUCGACUCGUCUAUCGCUACGGAGGAGAACCUGUCGGAGCCUUUGUUCAGCCGAGUCUCCGCCCACUGAUGCCCUCCAUAGCCCAUGCCAUGUUCCUUGAUGUAACACAUGACAAUGAGUGUCCCAUACAGCUGCGCUCAGCUUUGGACUCUCUGCCCAGUUCUGCUAUUGUCUCCAUGGCCUGCUGCGCAAUUGGCUCCACCAGAGGGUACGACGAGUUGGUGCCACAUCAGAUCUCUGUGGUGAAGGAGGAGCGUGUUUAUCCUAAGUGGAACCCCUCAGCAUCCCCCACCUCCAUUGGUGAGGUUGGACCUCGUAGUGGCAUCAUUGCUGGAAAAUUAGCUCUGAACAAGCUGCACCAAGAACUGGCUACACAGGGAUUCCUGCAGGUUUACGUCGACCAAGUGGAUAAAGACAUCGUCGCGGUGACUCGACACUGUCCCAGUACACACCAGUCUGUGGUGACCGUUUCUAGGACGGCCUUCUGGGACCCCAAAACCCACCAUUAUGACAACAACGCCCCGCCCAUGUUCAUACCAGGAAAAAUAGAGGAGGUGGUGCUGGAGGCCAGGAUGGUGGAGACUGGGGCUGGGGGCUAUAAGAAGAGUGACACCUACAUCAACGGUCUGCCAGGAUACACUGUGGAAAUAAAGGAACACAUACCGAUCGAGCAGAGCACCGUGGUCAAGCAGGCAGGGGUGACAUCUAAAGGUCGAUCUGAGUUUGUGCAGGAAAUUACCUUUCAGAAGCUGACGCCAGGCAGCGUCAUAUCAUUCAGGAUCAGUUUGGACCCCACAGCUCAGAAGAUGGUGGGUGUGCUGAGGUAUUAUCUGUCCCAGUUCAGCCCUAAGUACAGGAAAGGAAGCACAGUAGACGAAAACCCACCAGAAGCUCUGCAGAAGCCUCUGGCAGCAUUCAUGUCUAAACUGACACUGGCAGACCUGAAUUAUCUGCUCUUUCGCUGUGACACCGAAGAACAGGAAGAUGGCGGCGGCUGCUACAGUAUUCCAGGCUGGGAGACUCUUAAAUAUGCUGGACUACAAGGCUUGAUGUCAGUGUUGGCUGACAUCCGACCUAACAAUGACCUGGGUCAUCCUGUGUGUGCUAACCUCAGACAAGGAGACUGGCUGAUAGACUUUGUCUCCGACAGACUGAUUCACAAAGAGGGACCACUGGCACAAGUGGGUCAGUGGUUGGUGGCUAUGUUUAAAUACUUGAAACACAUCCCACGGUACCUCAUCCCCUGUUACUUUGAUGCUAUCCUCGUCUCAACGUACACCACAGCACUGGACGCCACAUUCAAGCUAAUGUCCAGUUUUGUCCAGGACGGCUCCUCCUUUGUGCGACACCUGGCCCUGGGUUCACUCCAGAUGAGUGGCGUUGGACGCCAUCCUGUUCUUCCUCCAAUCUCUGCAAAAUUAGACGGUGUCCCCUAUCGCAUCAGUCCAACCACAGGCGAAAAGGAGCAGUGCUGUGUCUCACUGGCUGCAGGACUUCCUCAUUUCUCUGCUGGGAUUUUCCGCUGCUGGGGCAGAGACACUUUUAUUGCUCUCAGAGGACUCAUGAUGCUGACUGGGAGACACACUGAGGCUCGCAACAUCAUCCUGGCCUUUGCUGGGACUUUGCGUCAUGGUUUGAUCCCCAAUCUGCUGGGAGAAGGUAUCUGUGCCAGAUACAACUGUCGUGAUGCUGUGUGGUGGUGGCUGCAGUGCAUUCAGGACUACGUUAACCACGUUCCCAACGGACACGAAAUCCUCCGGUGUCCAGUCACUCGCAUGUACCCCACCGAUGACUGUGAACCACGCAAAUCUGGAGAGGUGGAGCAGCCCUUAUAUGACGUUAUCCAGGAGGCUCUGCAGCGCCACCUGCAGGGGAUUUCUUUCAGAGAGAGAAAUGCUGGACCGAAGAUAGACAUGCACAUGAAGGAUGAAGGCUUUAACGUAUUUGUUAAAGUGGAUCCAGCGACAGGCUUCGUCAGUGGAGGAAACCGUUUUAACUGUGGCACAUGGAUGGACAAGAUGGGAGAGAGCGACAGAGCCAGGAACAAAGGCAUGCCUGCUACUCCCAGAGAUGGCGCUGCUGUGGAGAUAGUUGGUCUCAGUAAAUCAGCAGUGCGCUGGGUUGUGGAGCUUCGUGCCAAAGGACUCUUUCCAUAUGAGGGCGCUAACAUGCAAAUAGACGGUAAAGAACGGUUGGUCUUGUACUCCCAGUGGAACCAGCAGCUGCAGAAGGCCUUUGAGGCAGGUUUCUGGGUGUCUGGAGACCCCGAGGACCCUAAUGAGAAACACCCUGAGCUGGUCCAUAAAAGAGGCAUCUAUAAGGACAGCUACGGGGCCUCCAGUCCCUGGUGUGAUUAUCAGCUGAGACCUAACUUCACUAUCGCCAUGGUUGUGGCUCCUGAACUCUUCACUGUGGAGAGAGCAUGGAAAGCUCUGGAUGUGGCUGAGAAGAAACUUCUCGGACCACUGGGAAUGAAGACCCUCGACCCUGAUGAUAUGGUGUACUGUGGUGUCUAUGACAAUGCACUGGACAACGACAACUACAACCUGGCAAAAGGUUUUAACUACCAUCAAGGCCCGGAGUGGCUGUGGCCGGUCGGAUACUUCCUUCGUGCAAAACUGAGCUUUGCCAAAAAGCUGGGAGAGAAAACCUAUGCUGAAACUGUCACCAUGGUGAAAAAUGUUUUGUCCAAACAUUACACCCAUCUGGAGCGGUCUCCUUGGAGGGGUCUGCCUGAACUGACCAACGAGAACGGCCAGUACUGCUCGUUCAGCUGUGAGACACAGGCCUGGUCUCUGGCCACGGUGCUGGAGGUUCUCUACGACCUCUGAAUCCCCCCCCCCAUCCCUCCGCCCUGUGAUGUCACAGCAGGUCGCCCUCUGUGACCUCUGUGACGUGUGACAUCUCUUCCAAUAACUGUGUAGUGUUGUUGCUGCCUUCAUGUACAGUUUGAAAAUAAUGCACUGAAUGUGAUGAACUUCUGGAGAGAAGUUGUGAUCCAUGUUAUCUGUACGUCACUGCCUUCACUGUUAAUGCUGCCAUCACAGAGAACCAGCUUUUCUUUGAAGGCAUCUGGUUGAAAUACCAUGAAACCUAAGAUGUAGCUGGUGCUGAAUGUGCUGUUCACCUGCACGCCCCAGAGCUAGGGAUGCAAAAUAUGAAAAAACCUUUAACCCAUAUCAAUAUCUGACAGCAAUCUGGUCCUAAUGGACGUUACUGUUACGACAACCAAUGGUUUUGUGUCUUUAGUUUUCUGUUAGGGAAAUAACAACCUUUUGUGACUUGACGACAAGAAAUCCAGAGAUGUAACUGUUGAAUCUUUUUAUUUCUUAAAAGAAAUUAAUGCACCUUAAAGACAUAGAGGCCAAAUAUAUUACCAAACAAAUAGAUAGCUUUGAGAUUUAGCACAUGGCUAUACACUACAUAUCGUCUUCUCACAUUGAUUUUCUUGCUAUUUUUCAGCUACUAUGGUGACUUCGAUCUCACAGAACAGCUACACAUUUAUGGAAAAUGUCCAGUAGUGUAAAGGGAAACCUUUUUAUAUAUUUCUUUGAGUUACAGGAAUGUGAUAGACCUACAGUCUAAGUGCAGGUGUCCUUGUCUGGGUUGGUUCUCUGUGUUUCCCGUGUUGCAUUAUUAGAGUUGACAAAAAAGCAAAGCCUCAUAGAACCACACUUUAAAAAAAGAUUGAACUUUCCUUGAUGACAGAACACCAGUAUUAACAGAACCUGUUGUCUUAUGGUAGUUUUUGUAAGUUGUUCAACAUUUACUAGACUCGCCUGUUGUGUCUUCACAUGCUCAAAAUACCAUUACAAAGGCAUUUCAACAUGAGUUGGUUCCUGAUCAGAGACAACUUUGCAUGUUUAACGGUACGUGUGACAGAACAGUAAUUGUGAAAAACUGCUUUUCCAAAAACACCGAGCAAUAAACAUAGUAUUUGUAAAAGAAA